AUGACACUAGAUUCGCUUCUUACACAGCUUCCCCUCAUAGCAAUUGUUACCAUACCUGCUCUUGUAAUAGGGAGUCGACUUAGUACACAAAUACAAUUCAUAGUCAAGGCAAACAUUUGCUUGUUCUUUAUUUUGUUCUUCUCGGCAUUUGGAACUAUCGUUGCCAUAAUCUUUGCACUUAUUGGGAAACGUGGUCUUAUUAAUUGGGUGACAGCACGUGGGUAUGCGUAUAUUGCAGGCGGGGCCGUUGGGAUAUCUUACAGGGUCGACGGCGAAGAACACAUGAAUACUGAGCGUCCAGCGAUUUACAUAUGUAAUCAUCAAUCUGCAGGAGACUUAUUUGUUCUUGGAAGAAUAUUUCCGAAAAAUUGUGUUGUGGUUAGUAAAUCAUCGUUAAAAUUCGUACCGAUAAUGGGCAUGUUCAUGAUUCUCGGUCAAGCAGUAUUCCUCGAUCGAAAAAAUCACAACGGUGCUGUCAGCGCAUUAUCUAAAGCAGCACAGGAUAUCAAAAGGCUUAAGAUAAGCGCAUUCGUAUUUCCCGAGGGAACACGUGCUCGCCUAGAAGAAGCUGACCUAUUGCCAUUUAAGAAAGGCGCGUUCCAUAUGGCCGUACAGGCUGGGAUUCCGAUAAUUCCGAUUGUUGUAGCAAAUUACAGUGAUAUCUACAGCUCCAGACAAAGAAUCUUCCGAGGCGGACAAAUUCAUAUUAAAGUCUUACCGUCAAUCGAGACCACGGGAAUUGAUGUUGAUGAUAAGGAUCAGAUCAACGAUUUGGCAAAAAAGGCACGCGAAAUUAUGCUAAAGACACUAAAGGAAAUCACACCGGAUACAAAUGGUGCAGCAAAACGUUCCGAUCUUUGA